GAGUCAGAUCAUCAUGCAAAUCCAAAAGAAACAAGCCUUUAAACUGAAAACUGUUAUCUAUGGGUCUACAAGAAGCAUUUUUUUUGUAUACCGUGGUUCUGGGGUUUUGCUAUUUGCUUGCACAUUGUGUGUGUACAUUAUAAGCAUUAUGGUUUUAAAUCCACAACAGUAUUUAGAACAACUAGCUUCUCAUUUAAAAGUCCCGCUUGGGAAAAUACAAAUAAACGAAGAUUCUAUUUGUUCGCGUACAAUAGGCAACAAAACGGUUACUGGAGUGACUAACAUCGUACUAUCAAUGUUAAUUGAAUCUAACUCCAAUCUGUGGAGUAAAGAUUCUUUAGAAAAAGCUGAAAUUCAGCAGUGGCUCGAAUAUGGAAUAGUCCAUGUCAUUCAUAUUGACGAGCCCCAGAAUCUGAGACAAAUUUUAAGUGAUUUAAAUGAUAUGUUGGCAACAAAAACGUAUCUAGUUUCAUAUAAAUUAACAGUUGCUGAUGUGAUGCUAUAUUAUAUUUUAAUUAAUGCAAUGGUUGCAAUGUCUUAUUUAGAUAAGCAAAAGUAUAUGAACUUAUCGAGAUGGUUCGAUAACUUGCAACAAGAUGCUUGUAUAAGACAAAGUAACAAAUUGGUUGAUUUUAGCACUAAUUAUUUAGCUAGUUUGGCGCCUAGCAAACAUUAAAAAUAUAAGUUUAUUUAUUUAGUAAUUUUAACAAUAAAUGGUUUAACUAUGUA